AUGGCUCCCCUCCGCGGAACUCGCAAGAGGAAGGAACAUGACGAGGCCGAUGAGACAUCUGACCUAGACUUCGACGGCGAUACGCUGGAUGGAGUUUUAUCUCAAAGCGAUAGCGAUUCUGAUGCGGAAAGCACCGACUUUGAAGAUUACGACUCUGAUCCCGACGAGAGCCAGAGUGAUGUUCAAAGUGAUGAUGCCGACCACAAGCUUGAGGCAGAACACGCGACAUACGCUACCGUUGAUGCUGGCGUUGAAAGCCUGGAAGGAGCGCCUUCCUACCGCAUUGUGACUGAUGCCAAUGGCGGAGAACGCUACGAAUAUGAGGAAAUCGACCCUGUCUAUGAUAGCGACGAUACGGAUGCUCAAGGUCCAACAAACACCAUCGGCAACAUACCCUUGUCCUUUUAUGACUCUUAUCCACACAUUGGAUACGAUAUAAACGGAAAGAAGAUUAUGCGCCCUGCUACUGGGGAGGCCCUUGACGCUUUGCUAGACAGUAUCGAACUUCCGAAGGGGUGGACUGGCUUGACAGAUCCCGAGACUGGCAAGCCGCUCAAUCUCAGCCAAGAUGAGCUGGAGCUGCUGCGCAGGCUGCAGAUGGGAGAGGUGCCUGACGAAGGCCAUGAUCCUUACCCGGAUAUGAUUCCAUACUUCACUAGUAUUGAGGAGCAGAUGCCACUCAGCGCGGCACCCGAACCGAAAAGACGAUUCAUUCCUUCCAAACAUGAAGCAAAGAGGGUUGCUCAGCUUGUACGAGCCAUCAAGGACGGCCGAAUUCUCCCGUAUAAACCCUCAGAGGCUAAAGACGAAGAAGCCGAAGACGAAGCACUUCAUUACGAUAUUUGGGCGAACGAGGAGCCAAAAGACCCCCACGUUAUGAAUAUUCCUGCACCAAAGCUCGCUCCACCGGGAUAUGAUUUGAGCUACAACCCUCCACAGGAGUAUUUGCCCACUGCGGAAGAGGCAAAAGCCUGGGAGGACACCGAUCCUGAGGAGAGGGAAAAGGACUACCUCCCAGCUCGUUUCGAUUCCCUGCGAAAGGUGCCGGGUUAUGGACAGUUGGUCAAAGAGAGGUUUGAAAGGUGUUUGGAUCUGUAUUUGGCGCCAAGAGUUCGCAAGAACAGGCUGAAUAUUGACCCAAACUCGCUGCUCCCCAAACUGCCUCGACCAGACGAACUCAAACCAUUCCCGACGGUUUGCCAAACCAUUUUCAAAGGACACGAAGGGCGAGUGCGUUCUGUGGCAUUUAGCCCCGAUGGAGAGUGGCUUGCAUCAGGCGGAGACGAUGGUUCUGUGCGUGUCUGGGCCAUCAACGGCCAUCAGGAGUGGAUGGUCAAGCUGAGUUCUGAAGAGGCCGUCAACGUUGUCCGUUGGCGCCCAAACAAAGAGACUUUCAUUCUUGCCGCCGCCGCUGGAGAAGAACUCUUUUUUAUGGUACCUUCUAUUUGCAGCGACUCCAUGGACAGAGCGAGCCGAGCGAUUCUUGAUGCCGGGUUUGGAUUCGCAGCGUCCUCCGCGCGAUCAAAUUCUGGCGCAGACAGCGGGGGUAGGGAAUCUUCCGCCAAAUGGUCAAGGCCUGGGUCUAAGCUCGAGGACGCAGGUGUCUUGGUCAAAGCUACUGUCCGGGCAGCCAUCAAAACUUUGAAUUGGCACAGACGUGGCGAUUUCCUUUGCUCAGUCUCCCCAACCGGGCAAAGAAGUUCUGUAGCUAUUCACACACUCUCAAGGCACCUUAGUCAGAUUCCCUUUCGUCGGCUGCCUGGUCUUGCGCAGACCGCCCAGUUCCACCCGUCACGGCCGCUCUUCUUCGUCGCAACGCAGAGGAUGAUUCGUUGCUAUGACCUCCAAAAACAAGAACUUGUGAAAGUUGUUCAGCCUGGAGCCCGGUGGAUAUCUUCAUUUGAUAUCCAUACAGGAGGUGACAACCUCAUUGUGGGAUCGUAUGACCGCAGAUUGCUGUGGCAUGAUCUGGAUCUUUCCAGCCGACCUUACAAGACGAUGAGAUUCCAUGCUGAAGCCAUUCGAGCGGUGAAAUUCCACCGUAGCCUACCACUGUUUGCAGACGCUAGUGACGAUGGGUCACUGCAAAUAUUCCAUGGGAAGGUUGUCAGCGAUUUAAUGGAAAACGCAACCAUUGUACCUGUCAAAAUGCUGAAGGGUCAUUCGGUUGUCAGCAAGUUGGGAGUGAUGGAUGUUGACUGGCAUCCCCGCCAUCCAUGGUGUCUGAGCGCGGGAGCAGAUGGCACAUGCAGGCUAUGGACAUGA